GGCUUCACUUCGAGAUCAUCUGCAUUUGGACAAUUUUUGGGGGUGGGGCUGCAACUCCACACAAAGCUAAGUCCUAUGCAUUUACAACAAGUCCCACCAGCUUGCUAAAGAAUUCAAAUCCUCAUAAGUCAUCUGAAGAGAAGAUACGUUAUGGCUCAGGCUUUUAAAAAGGUCUCCCGUGCUAUUGUGGUGGUCAGUCCAAGCCAACAGGACAUUCCUCAAGAGCCUGCCAGAGAAUCAAACCAUGGUCACAUCACCAUUAUUGAUAAAAGGCGAAGGAGAAAACAAUCUAAAAACCGAGAAAUAAGCAUUGAAAUGUUCAGCAAUACAAUUUCUGACGGCAUGCCCUCACCCCACCAGCUGGCUGCAGAUGGUCACCUAGACGAUCUCAAAAAGUACAUAGAAGGUCUUGGAACUACUAUCAAAGAUAAGGAUGAGAAUGGAGCCACCCUUCUUCACCAUGCCACAACUAAUAACCAUAUGGCUGUCAUGCAGUACCUCAUUGACAGUGGAAUUGACCUCAAUGCUGUUGACAAAGAUGGAAACACAGCACUUCAUAUAGCCUGUGACAAAGGUCACAUUGAUGCUGCUCAAAGUCUGCUUGGAGCUGGAGCUAGCGAUACAAUUCUUAACAAGGCUUCCGAUGCUCCCCUUCAUUUGAUUAUGCGGAAAAACAAUGCAGAAUUGCUAACAGCAUACCUCGAGUAUCCAGUGGACAUUGUUAUCAAGGGCUAUCGAAACCGCACACCUCUUCACAUUGCAUCAGAAAAAGACAACUUGGAUGUCUGUCGAGCUUUAAAUGAUGUCAUACUUGCAAAUGAACACUUCAAAAAAAUUUAUGGCUUUCGUUUAUGUGCUGCCGAUGACGAUGACUUGACACCACUUCACCUUGCUGCUCGUGUCGGCUCCCACAGAGUGCUCCGCUAUUUGAUUUCUCGCUGUAUGGAACAUGGAUACUCACCAGAGAAAGUGCUUAGCUUCCUCGACGAAGAGAACAGUACACCAUUGCACGCUGCCGUAGAUGGAGGACACUUGUACGUUGUCGAAGUUCUGCUGGAGUAUAAAGCAUGUCCAAAAGAAUACAAUGGUAAACAACUUCCACCUUUCCUUCUAGCGUGUACACAAGGAAAACUCGAUAUGAUGAAGUUGAUGGUUCAGCAUUGUGGAAAAGAGCUCGUACACUGUCGUGAUCAGUAUGGGCAGACUGCCCUUCAUCGCUGUGUGCAUUGCAUCAACAGCCCUGAGAUUAUUCGCUUUCUUCUCGAGAACGGAGCUGAAAUUGAUCCAGUAGACGAUGAAGGAAGGACACCAUUGCUUGCUGCAAUCAAGGCUGGGAGCUCUUGUGGUGUUAAAAUCCUUCUUGUAGCUGGUGCCAGCAUCUUCAUGAAAGACAAACAUGGCUUGAACCCUCUGCACUACACUGUGAAACACAAGAGGAAGUUCAUUCUCCGAGCUCUGCUAGAAAUUCCACGUGCUUCUGAGCUAGUCACCGAUUGCGACAAGAAAGGAAGCUCCCCCUUACACAUUGCUCUCAACCUCUGCCAAAACAACCUAGUUGCCAUGAUGGUCACAUUUGCUGCCCAACAACUCAAAAAUAUCAAAGAUGUUAACGGAAGCAACUAUCUCCAUCUAGCUGCAGAAAGUGGUGAUUGGAAAGCCCUAUCGAUUCUUCUUGAUAUGUCGGAGUGCCAAAAGCUUCUCAAUCAAACUAACAAAUAUGGAGGGACUCCCCUACAUCUUGCAGCAGGUGGUGGUCAUAUGCGUGCCGUUGAAAUUCUUCUUUCUAGUGGUGCGAUGGUGCACAAGUGCUUUAGUGGCAGUACACCUUUCAUGUAUGCUUGCUACAAGGGGCAUGCAGAAGUUGCUAGGGUCACUUACGAAGCUCACCCCUUCCAGCUGACUUGGACAGAUGACCUUGGAAACAAUGCUCUUCACCUUGGAGCCCAGAGUGGAUGCCCACAUGUGAUCACAUUGCUGCUGAACAUAGGCGUGCCUGUUACACUUAAUGACUGUGGUGAAACAUUCUUUGAUGUCAUUCUUGACAGCCACUUUACUAAAUGUGCGAUGGCGGCCAUCCAUCAUGAGCGAUGGCAGGAGUGCUUGGACGCAGUGGGGCCACAGAAGGAGCAUCCCAUGAUCUCUUUGGUGCAAUCCAUGCCAGAAGUUGCAAAACUUGUGCUCGACCAGUCUCACACAAAAGCCGACGUUCCACGAGAAGUGAGAGGUUAUUGGGAAUCAUACAACUUCAAGUAUAUCCGACUCAAGUCUGACAGGAGCUCUGAAUGCCCUGAUGAUCUAGACGAUGAUGAAAAAGCAAAGCUUUUACGAUCUGAGAACUAUGACCAUAUGGAAGCCCCGUCGAUCCAGUACAAGGGUAGUAAACGGCAAGCCAGAUUCAGUCCUUCGUACAGGCAGACGUUAAGCAAUGGGCACCUCCAGGUUCUUCAAACAAUGGUUAGAUUCAAUCGAGUGCCUCUUCUAACUCACCCAGUCACUGAGAGCUACUUGAAAUCGAAGUGGCGAAAGUAUGGGCGAUGGGUACAAAUCCUCAAAAUGUUGGCAAUAGUGCUCCACAUUGCUUUUCUGAUUGCUUUCACCUUUUUAGCUCCUAGCCCAGUGGAAAUGAGAGGGAGCACUCAGAGCAGUGACAAUGGCAUGAGUAAUUCUACAGGCUUAAACUCGACUGCUGUUGAAUUCAGCCCAGCAGCGAACGUUGCUCGAUUCAUAACCAUUGGCUUUACAACCAUCGAUUUCAUUCAUUGGCUUGUCACUGUGUUUCGACUUGGACUAGCUGAAUCGCUCAACAUUUCCAGGAACACCUUUGUUAUUGUUGACAUUUUGUCUGUGAUCUUCACAUACAUAUUCGUUAUUCCUUGGACAUCGCUCAACGAGGUGAUCUGGGAAGCUGGUGCAUUGGCUUCUUUCUUUACGUGGUUCAGUCUGGUUCUAACCAUCCAACUCUUUGAUUUGUUUGGAGUUUACGUCACCAUGUUUCUGGCUAUAACGAGGACAGCUUUCCAAGUGCUCCUCGUCUGCUUUUUGUUCAUUAUUGCCUUUGCCAUGUCUUUGUACAUCCUUGCUGGCAACACUCAGGAGUUUUCAACGCUGGGAUACUCACUCUUCACAAACUUUGCUCACCUCCUCGGCGAAAUUGACUAUAUCUCCUUUAUUGACAAGGAUGUAUCAGGCCAACUCUUUUUUAGCACUCUAACCUUUAUGUUUGUGAUCAUUAUUGCUAUCAUCAUGGCAAUUGUUGUGCAGAACCUACUCAUUGGUUUGGCCGUGGGAGAUAUCGAUCUGAUCAAGAGAAAUGCUAUCGCUGAAACAAGAGCAAUUGAAAUCGGAUUUUACAAACGAAUUGAUACGAUUUUUCCAGCAAAACUGUUCUGGAGGCUCGAUGUAGGGAGACACACUACUUUUCCAAACAAGAAAGUCAACAUUUUGCGUUUUCUCUGGAAGUUUGUGUGGAAAUCUAUCAAAGGGGAAGAUCCAAACAAGGAAGAAGCUAUUAAUAAGGACCUGGAUUCUCUGUCGAACAGUGAUCACAGCAUUGAGAACCAAGUCAAUAGCAUCAAUCAGAGAAUCGAUGAGCUGGCCCUCGCACAAGGGAAGGUACUCGAAAUGUUAGCUCAAAUCUUAUCGUCACAGCAGAAUUCAAAAGUGGAGUCGAAUGAUCAUGAAGACAAAUCAAACUCUAGCCGGUAAUAAAUAAUUUUAGAUAUGUCUAUAUAUAGAAAAGAAAAGGAACUGUCCAGAUCUUUGUUCUUCAUAAUUAUUAUGAUUACUUUUGUUUGCAGUAAUUAUUUUUGCAAAUUUCCAGUUGCCAUGCGCAUAGUUUAUUUGUGACAUCAUCAUAAUGUAAAACUAA